AGCCAAAAAUUCGUCGUUGACCCAGACAGCGGCAGUGCCGACUUCUGGAUCCUCUCCGACCUGUGCAAGUCCAACUGUGGCGACUCGGGCACCAAGUACAAGACGUCGAGCUCAUCAGCCGUCGACGCUAACAAGAACUUCAACAUCCAAUACGGCGCAGGCUCCACCUCUGGCAAGCUCUAUCGCGACACGGCCAAGCUGGGCGACCUCACCGUGCGCAACCUCACCAUCGGCGCCGCAAGCCACAUCUCAUCCGAGCUGGCCUCGGACCCUGCAGGGGGUAUCCUUGGCCUGGGCUUCCGUCAAAUUACCAGCGCCGGCCAGAAGACAUUCCUUGACCGCUUGUUCACGCAGGAGAAGCUCAAGAGCCAGGUCGUCUCUUUCGCUUUUGGUCGUUCAGCAAAGAAGACUCUCUCCAAGGCCGAGAUGCGAUUCGGCGACGUCAACUCUCAGCUCUACUCGGGCGACAUCUCCUACUCACCAGUCACCACCAAGGGAUACUGGCAAUUCGGCGUGCAGUCCUUUGCUGCCGGUUCUGGCUCAGGCAUCAACCUCGACUCCAUCGUCGACACGGGCACAUCGCUCAUUGCGGUCGAGGAGUCGCAAGCGGCCAAGUUUUGGAAGGACGUACCCAACAGCAAGUUCGAUCAGGAGCAGGGCUACUACACGUACCCGUGCAGCCAGAAGAUCAACGCGGUACUGAAGACGAAAGAUGGCAAGAGCUGGCCUAUUGAGGAGGAUGACUUCAACCUGGGGUCUCUCACCGCCACCUCUGACCGCUGCGUCGGCGCCGUCUUCCCCGCACAGACCCGUAACGUCGUCGUCCUCGGCAUCGUUUUCCUCAAGAACGCAUACAGCGUCCUCGACUACAGCCAGAACCGUGUCGGGCUGGCG